ACAAACUUUCUCUCUCUAUCUCUCUCUCUCUCUCAAUCUCCAUUUCAAGAUUGUCUCUGUUUUGAUUCGAUUUUCAGGAGAUCGCCAAAGAUUUCUCCUCAGGAGAUCGUCAAAAAGAAAGAAAGAGAGGUGAAAUCAAGAAAGAGAAAUGGCAGAUUAUCCGAUGCAACCGGUUCUUCAAAAACCACCAGGUUACAGAGAUCCAAACAUGGCGACUCCUCCGCCACCACCACCACCACUCGCAGCCAGACCGCAACACCCGAUGAGAAAAACCGCCGGGAUGCCUUCUUCUUUCCGACCAAAGAAGAAACGCAGAGGAUGUUGUCGUUUCUUUUGUUGUUGCCUCUGCAUUACUCUCGUCCUCUUCAUCUUCCUCCUCUUGGUCGGAACCGCCGUUUUCUACCUCUGGUUCGAUCCUAAGCUCCCAACCUUCAGCCUCGCUUCUUUCCGUCUCGACGGUUUCAAACUCUCCGACGAUCCCGACGGCGCGCUGCUCUCCGCCACCGCCGUCGCUCGCGUUGAGAUGAGGAACCCGAACACGAAACUCGUGUUCUACUACGGAAACACCGACGUGGAGAUGAGCGUUCGAUCGGGUAACGACGAGACCGGAAUGGGAGAGACGACGAUCAAUGGAUUCCGGCAAGGUCCGAAGAACUCGACGAGCGUGAAAGUGGAGACGUCGGUGAAGAGCCAGCUCGUGGAGAGAGGAUUAGCCAAGAGACUCGCGGCCAAAUUUCAGAGCAAAGAUUUGGUGAUCAAUGUUGUUGCCAAGACGAAAGUUGGAUUAGGUGUCUCAGGGAUUAAGAUCGGAAUGCUCGCCGUUAAUUUGAGAUGCGGCGGCGUUAGCUUGAAUAAGCUUGAUACUGAUUCACCUAAAUGCAUCCUCAAUACACUCAAAUGGGUUAAUAUACAGUAACGAAAAAGGAAGAACUUGGGGAUUUUGCUAAAAGGGUGGUGAUCUAACGUUCGUAUGAAUGAAUAUCUGUAACUAUACUGUAGAUACUAUAUACUCUGUUUUUGUUUCCUUUUUCAUAUUCUAUUUUUUCGUGUCUGUAUAUUUAAUUUUAAUUAUUUCCAAACAUGUUAUUAAUUAUCUUGUUUUUCAUGUGUGAUAGAUUUUUUCAUGCA